AUCAGCAGGAUAAACUACCAAGUUCAUGAAGCAGGCUUUGCUCUCAUAAAAUGGUAUUUGAAUAUAAAGGACAAUUCAGCCUUCUAGAGCAGAAGAAUAUCUUUGACUUCACACUGCAGGAUCUGAGCAGUUUAAUGCUCUAUCACACAGAGCAGAAGACACCAUGAGCUCCAUUCACUGCAACACACUCUGUUGCUUUUGAGAGUUUGACCACUUUUGAUUUGUUUUGCACUGGAGGGCUGGCAGAGUGUGUGUGUGCAUGUGCUUGUGUGUGUGUUUGAAGAGGAACCACUCAAUAAUGCGAGCACAGGAGAACUGAGAGAGGAUUUGGUUGCAUGAUGGACUCAAAGGGUUCUUUGCUGAAGAGCGUUCUUUGCAGCUAAAGUCAUAUAUCUCAGUAUGGAAGCGUUCUGGACUGAAGCAAGGAUGAGGAAACUCUGACAGACAGACGACACAGGAAUCUAGCACUCGCACCGUCUUUAGACCAAAAUCACUGACUGAUUUUUUUACUGGAGCGCUGAAUGAUGUUUCUGCUGGCUGUGCUCUGUGUGUUUUACAUCUGGAGUCCAGCAACGCUGAGCGGAGGAUUGGGAGCGACACCGAAUACCAUACCUCGCAAAACAGUGCCAAUUAAUAGAAAUGGAAGACGUUUGUUUCGUGAGGAGGGUGUUUGGAACUACACCACUAUGCUUUUGAGGGAAGAUCUCAACAUGCUCAUCCUGGGUGCUAGGGAGGCCAUUUUUGCCCUUGACCUUGAUGACAUUACAGUCAAAAAGACCAUGGUGAACUGGUCAGUCACAGAUACUGAGCAAAGAGAUUGUUCCAAUAAAGGAAAAGAUGCUACAAAUGACUGCAAAAAUUAUAUCAGAAUUCUUCAUAAAAGAAACGAUGACAGAAUGUAUGUUUGUGGAACCAAAGCAUUCGCCCCAACCUGUGACUAUAUGUCCUAUGCCGAUGGUAGUCUGACUUUAGAGGGUAAACAAGAAGAUGGGAAGGGGAAAUGUCCCUUUGAUCCUUUUCAGCGACACACAUCAGAGAUGGUCGAUGGAGAUUUGUACUCUGCUACUUCAAUAAACUUUCGGGGUUCAGAGCCGGUUAUGAUGCGCAGCUCAGAGGACUCCUUACGGACAGAGUUUUCAAGCGGUUGGCUCAAUGAACCAAAUUUUAUCCACAUGGCUCAUAUUCGGGAGGGAGAAUCGAACCCAGAGGGGGACGAUGACAAGCUCUAUCUGUUCUUCAGUGAGACCGCAGUGGAAUAUGACUCCUACACCAAGAUGGAUGUCUCUCGAGUAGCUCGCGUGUGCAAGGGAGACAUGGGUGGGCAGAGGACGCUGCAGAGGAAGUGGACUUCUUUUCUAAAAGCAAGGCUUGACUGUCCCGUUCCAAACAACAACCUGCCUCUUCUCAUCCAGGAUGUUUUCCACUUUUGCCCCAGUAAUUGGACCACCUGCGUGUUUUAUGCUGUCUUUACCCCACAAUUAGACUCCUCUCCAUACUCCGCGGUAUGUGCAUACAAAAUCGAAGACAUCAAGAGCGUGUUCUCAAAGGGCAAGUUUAAGGCUCCUGUUCCCGUUGAGACGUCGUUCGUGAAGUGGGUGAUGUACUCCGGUGAUGUCCCCGAUCCCCGACCGGGAGCAUGCAUUGAUAAUCAUGCCAGAGAAAUGGGUUUCACCAAAUCUCUGGAUCUCCCAGACAAAACCUUGCAGUUUAUUAAAGACAAGCCGCUGAUGGACCAGGCUGUCAAGGCGCUUGGAGAGAAACCACUGCUGGUGAAGACAGGCGCUGCUUUCACUAGAAUUGUGGUGGCCACUGCGACAGCCUUGAGCGGGACCAGCCAUCAAGUCAUGUUCAUUGGCACAAAGAGCGGUUCCGUGCUGAAAGCUGUGAAUUAUGGCGGUGAGAUGGUCAUUAUGGAAGAGAUUCAGCUGUUUGAGCCCUCAGAGCCAGUGAAGAUACUGCGACUUUCCGACACCAAACUGUACGUGGGUUCCGAUGUGGGCGUGGCUCAGCUGUCCAUCAAUGAAUGUGGGCGGUACCACACGUGUCUGGACUGUGUUCUGGCCAGGGAUCCGUACUGUGGCUGGGACCUCGAGGCUGAACAAUGCUCUACCAUAAACAGCACACACAGAACCAGCACUGUGAUUCAGAGUUUGAGUUCCGUUAAAUCCAACAAAUGUCCACAAAUAGAUGACAGUAAGUCGAUCAGCGUCUCGUUCUUCCACGGCAGUACCGUGCAGCUGUGGUGCGAGCCAAACUCCAAUCUGGCACAGGUUGAAUGGCAACUGAACGGACAACCCCUCAAUCUCUCAGACACCAUCAAGAUCCUGUCCGACAGCCUGAUGAUAAUCAACGCCUCUGCAGACGCAGACGGCCGCUACACCUGCAGUUGUGUAGAGUGGAAUUACAAAACCCAGCACGUAGGAUAUGAUCUAACCAUUUUGUCAGAAUCCGGGAGUACAGCAUUACUACGCAAUGUUAAGGGAAAAGAAAACACACUUGUGGCCAUGGUGGUGUUAUUGUCACUGACUCUAGCUCUGCUAGUAAUGUGGAACCUGUACAAAGGGCAUUUUCCUUUGCCGUUUUGCCACAGGAGGGUAAAGGUCACAGAGAACAGGUGCGAUAGAAGUCUGUAUGAGAACCAGCCUCCAGAACAAAAAAUAGCAUCAUCAGCAGUGAACUUGAACAGCAACAACAACAAUGCGAACAACCAGAGGUACUCCUCAUGUCAGAUCACAUUGAGAUAUAUAGACGACGAAUCUGAGAUUUGAGAUUUUUAUGCAUAGACUUGCUAAUGCAACUAAUCGUCAUUUAUAUGCAGACCAGGCCAACUGAAGCUGGCUCCUCUUUUGCAACUGUUAACUUUUGUCUAAACUGAUGUUUUGACCCACUUUUUGUCCUUGAUGAAUCCAUACCUUCCUUCUAAUGCCAUAGUUCAGCAAUGGCACACACCAUGUCCACUGGACAAAAAAAGACCCUUUUUUGCAUAAGGUCUGUCUACAUUGCAACUUACUUUGUUCAAGAAUUACCAAAAUACUUUCACUUGGUGGUCAUAUUUGCAUCACCACUGGGCAGCUAUUUCAGUUAUGCAUAACCAACUGGGAAAAUGGUGAAUCUUAAAAACUGCUUGGCAAUAUUCUAACAUGAACUGCCUCACAAAUGCGGUUUCUUAUGUUAAAAUAGCAUUUUAUUUAAAACAUUUUUUUAGGACCUUGAGUGUUUCUGUGUGAACUGGAGGAUCUUAUUUCUUAUGUAAAUACUUUACCAAUUGGCGAUUUUAUGUUUUAUUUUUAAGCCAUGACUUACUAGUGUGGACAUAUUGCAUUUUGUGGCUUCUCUUGUUCAUAGAGCCUGUCCCAAUGUCCACACUUGCCGUCCUGACUUCUUGAGAGUGGACGCACAGGACAGGUUGGCAUAACUGUCCCAGGUCUGAGAAAUGCCAAAGCUCAGUGCCAUUAGUGCACAGUGAAUCCCUAAUAAAUCUCUGAGGUGUAGCCCAUCAUUCAUCAUGUUUAGGAACUCAUUUGCCCUAUAUUUUGAGGUUAAAAAUGCUUAGACAUAUUAGAUAUAUAAUUUAGUGGUAAAACAUAAAGUGAUGGCACAUUUUUUGGUGCUGAAAUAAGCAUGUAUUUAUUUAUCACUGCCAUUUAUCACUUAAUAAGCAGAAUCACAAUUACUUAAUUGUGUCAUCUGUUAUAUUUAGAAGUUUAUGUUAAAUUAACAUGAUAAAUUGCAGUUUUACAGUGCCAUGUCGUGUGUUUUAUCUGGUUAUGAAAAGCUCUAUGUGACAAAUUCAGGAAACAAGAACAUACUUCUCAUCAAAGUAGGCAAAUGGUUCAAUGCAAAGACCACAAUUGUUGCCCACUUACACAGGAAAUGAGUCUUUGAAAUGAAUUACACCACAUUAAGCCUAAAGUCACAUUCACUCCAUGAACGAUAACUAGAACCAUAAUAACCAUGCACAGCAAUAGGCGCUAAUAUUCUGUUUAAUAUUAAUAUUUUGAGGCUCACUCGUUAAAUUCAGAUUCCAGCAAUAUCAUUCCUCUCUGGUGUGACUUCCUUUUCUUUUAGAAUUAGUUUACAAUUAAGAAGGAUUAUUACAACUUUAGUUAUAGAUAUCGUGCAUUGGGUAAAUGUCCCAAAAAUACUUGUUAAAAAUGUAUUGUUAAGUUUAAUUUAGGCUACAAAACAAACUUUUGCCACAGACAAACUCUUGACACAAAACCAGCAAAUAGUACAUGCUCAGAAGUUAUCGUUUUAUGAUGUUGCAUCCUGUAAACAGUUUUGUUUCCAGGUGGACUGGUUUAAAAAAAAAAAAAAACUGUGAGCCCUGAGGUCCACACCGACAGGAAUGAGCUUCCUGUAUCUCCAGGAUGCCCAAGACAAGUGUCAAGUGACUGCAUCUCAGACUCAGUUUCAAAGUGCAUCUUAUGUGAAGUGUUUGUAUAUGAAUGUACUGCAGAAACUCAAUUUUAACUGUAAUGCCAUGUAAAUAAAAUACUGUAAAAAUUUCUCUUUGUAAACAGCUUUUUCCAAUGAACAACAAAUUAAAUGUC